GUACCAUUCGGCAUCAUCGUCGGAAUAAUAAUCCUCUUUUUCUGCGCUGUUUGCUUCAUCACUAUCGAGGGCACUUGCAAAAAGAAUCGCAAUUCUUCUUACCCUUUAAAAACCUUCAUAAGUUUUCACCAUUCGAAAUUUCGAACACUCCCUUAUUCGAAUUUCUUUCAAGAAAAUGGGGGGUGUCUCGAAUAAACAGCAGCGGAUCUAUAAUUGCUUCAGAAUGGUAUUCGGUUUUGUUGUGGUUGUGGGAUUCUCUGUGGCGGCAGCCCACCAGUGUAACCAUCAUCAUGAUCAUCACGAUGACCACAAUCAUGUGCAUCAUGAUGGUGGUGGUGUUGGUGUAGUUAAAAAGCAGCCGCAGCUGCUACUUCCGGAGGAACUUGCUGAAGCGGAGGAUCUGAAGCUCUAUGGAUUUGGGUUGCAUCACAGUCAUAACCAUGAAAGGGAGCAUAAGCACGGUGAUAUUGUGGAGCUUUCUGGUCUUGGUCUCUGGCUCAAAGCCAUGGGUUGCUCACUAUUGGUGAGCUUGGCUUCCCUUGUUUGCCUGAUUAUUUUGCCUUUAAUAUUCAUACAGGGGAAGCCAUCAAAAGCAGUUGUUGAUUCUUUGGCACUAUUUGGGGCAGGAGCAAUGCUGGGUGAUGCUUUCCUUCACCAAUUGCCACAUGCUUUUGGUGGUGAGCACUCCCAUUCACAUGAUCACCAUUAUGAGAAUGCUCAUGGUCACAUACAUGUUGGAGAGUCGCAUUCACAUUCUUUGAAGGAUCUCUCUGUUGGAUUGUCAGUCUUGGGUAAGUAUAAAUAUGCGAGUUACAUGCUUUCCAUCUUUCUUAUCUCGCUACUGCCCUCCAGGAAAUAA